UAUGGUACUCAUUUCUUCGGUUGUUUUUGGAAAUCUUCGUCCAGACACAUAUCUGACUAUUGUAGUGUUAUGUAUAGAGGUCACUGGUGGAACAACUAUUUCCAUUGGGAAAGUUGAAGGAGGGAGUUUAAUUUAGUAGCACACACUUGUUUUUAGAAGCAGAUGCAUACUAUUUUUCAACGCCUGUUUAUUGCUAUCUAUGAAAGCGUGCGAGUAACCUUUUAGUUAAUAUGAGUUAGUCUUCAUGGUGAGUUAGUGAAACACGCACAAUAGCAUAUUGUAAUUACAAAGCGCCCCUCGUAAAACCACCUAUCCAAACAUUGGAUAUUAUACUAACUAUGAGCAAAAUCAUGUUACACUGGCGUGAUUUUUAAUUAACAUAUAGACUACUUAGUCCCUUCAUUAAGUUACUAUAUGGCUCGUAACUAACUGUACUUCUAGUAGGACCAGGAAAUAUUUCAAUAUCAACAUCAUACAACAACAAAAUAUAUAAUUCCGGUUAAACUGUAAUAACAUUUUUGUAUUUAUAUCUUCAUCGCGAAUUGUGACGCAAGUAAGUUUUAUAUUUCGGAAAAUACCAUAACUAUAAUAUAGCGAGCGUUGCCUGUUGGGAAAUGUAGUUAGCUUGGAUCAUAAACUUUUCCUACAACAACCCCCAGCGUGCAUCGCUCCGAUUGCUCCACGAGCUAAACUGGGCAGUCAAACCUGAAACAAAAGCAAAGCAAAACAAAACAUACUAAGCCACCAAACUACUUUUUAUUUACUGGAGUCAGUUGGUACUUUACACCGUGCGCAAAUAUACAAUACAAAGAUUGAAACUAUUUAUAAUUGUGCAGUUUAAUAAGUUUGUACGUGCAUGACGUCUUUUUCGCGGUUUGCAUUGCUGCAAAUGUUUGAACAGCAAAGACAGCCGAAACUUGUGAUAUUUUGCUGAAAAAGAAACGCUGUCUUAUUUAGGUUUCACUUAUUGGAAUGUCUCGCUCUCACUUUACCAGUAGCCGGUAAUCUCUUGUUUCAAUUUAAAUAAAAAAAAAAAAAAAAAAAUGGAUACAGGUUUACAACAAGGUCGAGUCAGCAAUGACUGUUUGAAAAACGAAAAACUAAUGGAUGAAUACCUGCGAUCUCAGGGGCUGUAUCGAAAGGAAAUAGCAAAAGAUGGGUCCUGUCUGUUCAGAGCAGUGGCUGAACAGGUACUUCAUUGUCAGAGUCGACAUCUAGAAGUAAGACACAGCUGUGCAAGUUACUUAAGAAGGAACAGGUCAAAAUACGAAGCGUUCAUUGAAGGAACGUUCGAGGAAUAUCUGAAGCGACUGGAAAAUCCACAGAUCUGGGUUGGAGAAGUGGAAAUCAGUGCCUUGUCUCUGAUAUACAAGCAUGAUUUUUUAAUCUACCAGGAACCAGGAAAACCAGCAGUCAACAUAACUGAAAACAACUUCCCCAACAAGGUUAGUCUAUGUUUCCUAAAUGGAAAUCACUAUGACAGCGUCUACCCCAAGCAGUUUACUGAAGCUGCAGCUUUAUGUCAGUCUAUUGUAUAUGAACUGCUGUAUGAGAAGGUGUUGGGAGUGGAUAGCAGUAAACAAACUUGCAGUCUUCAGAGCUGCAGUGAGUCAGAUCAAGAUGCGCAUGAGGAAAGUGUCAGCAGCGAUGAGUCUGAUUUGGAUGCUGAGGAUGCCUAUUGGACCGAAGGAGCUGCAGAAUCUGCUGACAUGAAUACAGUCCGGUCCCGGUAUGAUAACCAAGUCCCUAAGGAUUCCAGUCCUGCGUCUGCCCCCCUAUCCAGGAGGGUGCUCCAGUCUCUCAACCCAUCAGUAUACAGGAAUGUGGAGUUUGAUGUCUGGUUGAAGUCUAAAAGGGCCCAACAAAAAAUUGAUUACUUCAUAGCUGCUGGAAUGCAAUACACCACUGGAGACAAAUGCAAGGUGCGUUUGGAUCCCAGUGGAAGGUUCUAUAAAGCUUACAUUCAAGAAGUCAGCCAUGAUGAUGGUCCUGUGGUGGUUUUUGUCGAAGAGCUUGCAGCAAAGUACUCGAUUCCUCUGAAAAACCUCCGUCCACCCUCAGAGGAGAGCCCUGCUAGUGGCUGGAGCACAGUGGUAGAGAAGAAAGCUAAGAGAGCUGGUCCUGUGAAUGAGCAGAAUCUGCACUCCGAUGCUGCUGACUGUAGAGGAGUGAAGCAACUAACAAAAGCAGCCAAACCCCAGCCAGCAGGGCCUCCAAAACAUCAGCAAGCCGUGCCGACCAGAGCCUCACACCAGCCGGCUUCUGCUACAGGGCAGGCCACACACUCCCCUACUGAGCAGAAACAAGGCAGCAGGACUUACCCACAGACUGGAAGGAAAUGUGACCUAGACCCUGGAUAUUCCAGCACUCAGGGAGAGAACAGAUACUUUGGUCUGUCACCGGAAGAGCGCAAAGCUAAAGAAGCUAAAGAACAGUCUCGAGCGCUGUUCGAGAUUCAACAGAGGGACGAGCAAGCCUUCCCAGCACUUGGCAACCAGAAUGCUUGUCAAAACUCCACUCAAAGCAGUGAUGCUAAUAAUCCAAAGAAAACACAGAAUACUGAGAAGCGGCCCUCAAGGCGGCGAGUGGAGUCGCGGGAACCCGGAGAGAAAGAGCCAAAGAAUCAACGUGUCAAACAAGGACUGAAAGUUGAGCAAAACAAAUCUCUGAAUCAAACCAAUGAAGUUAGAGACCUGACACGCUGUGCCAAUGUUGGAGAAAAAUACCAAAAAGCUGUUUCCCCUUCUGAACCAACCAAAGCACAAAACCUAACUUCUACUGCACAGGCUUCCAGCAACCACAGCUUUACCCCUAGGCCAACAAGUCCAAACCCUGCUCCCGCUCCUGCCAGAUCGCAGCCUCCUGUCUCUUUCUCUCCCCCUUGCCUGCCAGCGGACCCGCCACUGUACGGGGCUGCAGCCUGCUGUCAAACAGGCAUUUCUCCAGUACCUAAUGCUCCUCCCACGAUGCCCAGCCCCAUGGUGUCACAAGCUCAUGUGAUAGCGGCCCCGGAUGCCCCACUUCCUGUUCCUCUGCCAGCUAUUGGCCACUCUGCAGUGCCAUUAUCUCAGGUCUCAGCCUUGUACCAGGACUCCCUGUACCCCGGGUUCCCUUGUAAUGAAAAGGGAGAGCAUGUCCCUUCACCGCCGUAUUCCUACUGUAAAAAUGGGGACGAUCUUCCAAGUGAUAAAGGCAUUCUAAGGUUCUUUUUUAACCUUGGCUUAAAGGCUUACAGUUGUCCCAUGUGGCCACCCCAUUCCUACCUCUUUCCCCUGCAUCAGGCUCAUUACAAUGCCUGUGCAGUGCUGCCCAAAAUGCCCAGCCCUGCUUCAUACAUAGAUGGUUGGUUCCCAGAGGGCACUGCCACAAAUCAAAGUGUCCGCUCCACCUUGGACAACUGCACCAUGCCGAUUGAAGACCACAGGGACCCGCCCUUGCCAGCUGAUGGAAGAGCUCAUGGUCAGUGUGAACAAGCUGAUAGCAAAACACAACCACCACCAGCACCUCCACCAGCAACUGUAGUAACUCCAUCUCUGGAUGGAGAGCCCUGCUUUGAUGUAAAUUACUGUCUUGAAAGCCUACCAUGCAGUAGCUAUAACCAGAUACCUAUUGUGCCACGUUCCCUCGUACACAUGGGGGGACUCCAGUGGCCAGCAUAUGGGCCCAAUGUGUUCUUGGGCCGCUAUCCUGUCGCCCCUUCAAUUUAUCCACCUUUCCACUUGGGAUACCAAAUCCAGGGGUUUCCUACAGGAAAUCCCAUUGCCGGGGAAUAUUUCAAUGUCAGUCCCGCAGAUGAGGAGGAAAGAGGUAGCCCAGUAGUUGAAAAUUCAGCCAGUAAGGACAGUGGUCAUAAUGUUUUCACGGUACAAAGUGAGGGAAGGCUCGGUGAGCCAAAAAAGGAAGUGCUCUUCCAAAAGCCACUUCCCCCAGCAACAAGAACCACUGAGAAACAGGCACAUCAGGUUUUGUCCUCUAAGGAACAGCCACUCGCUAAGAGCGAACACAGUGUUGAUUCUAUGGCAGAGCCCCCAUCAGCACAGCCUGUAUCGGAGACUGAAAGGAGGGCAGCCACUACAACUGUAUAUAGACCUGUGCACUUAGUACAAGAAGGUAGCAGUUCACCAUUAUUUACUGUAGGUGAAAAAAGUCUAGAUGGGGAAUUGGUUACCAAUGAGGGAGGGAGCAGCAGCAGAAAGGGGGCUGUUCCUAAAGAUAUAGCGACAGAGCAAGAAACUGAUAAUCCACUCCAUGGCAGUCAUCUUGUCGAGGAUUUGCAGCAUGAAGGUGACCACAGUGAUGCAACAUGGAGCAAGGGCCGGUCUUACUAUAGCCAAUCCUUUAAGGAAAGGAGAUUUGAUGAUAAAUGGGCAGGUGACAGGAGAGAGUAUAGGGAUAGAGGUUCUAGGGAUGGGAGAGGUUACAGGGAUCCAAAAUUUGCUAAGGAGAAGUUUGAUCAUCAGCAUUCUGGUCACUCAGUUAAUGGGGAUAAGAGAGGCCACUAUAAAAGAGCUCGAGGCUACAGAGGAGGAAGAGGGAAUUACCAGCAUAGUCAUGAUGAGUGGAGUUACAGAGGUAAUUAUCAGAGGAAAAUGGAAGAACCAUAGGAUAGACCAUGAUGCUUCUGCUUGAAUCUUUAUAGAACUUUGGCUUUUUGGUCAGUGUAAUGCUUAACAAUUCAAUUUUUUGAAUGUUUCCUGAAGUUGAAAAAAAUCUAAAUAUAGUCUUCAUUUACAAUACAAAAAUUGGCGCUUUUGCUUUAAUUUUUGUUUUUUCAGGGAAAAAAAAAAAGAAAUUUGAGUGGUGGUUUGAAAUUACACGUCUUUCGUUUUUUGUUAGUCCUGCUAAAAUAAUGGAAAGUCAAACAAUGGCAUAACUUUAAAAUGCUUGCCAUUUGUAUAAUGAAAGGGCAGGGGAGAAAACAAAAAACAAAAUUAUAAUGAUUUUCAACAAUUCCAUUUUUUGAAUUUUCUAAUUGUAAAUGAAAAAAAGAGAAUUCAUUGAUUUAAGUGUUACACUGACCCUUUUCACUAACUUGCACUACAGACUACCCUGUAAUUUUUACAGGUUAGCCUGUAAAAAAAAAAAAAAAAAAAAAAAAAAAAAAAGGUAAUCUUUUUAAAGGUAAUAUUUACUCAAACAGAAGUUAAAUUAACACUAUUUUAGGCAGAAAAUAUAGAUUUAAGGGACAGUUAAACAAAACCGAAAAAUUAUAAGUUAGUAUUAUGUAAAAAAAAAAAAUGCAAAAAGCUACUGGUUUGUGUUUUUUUUUUUUUGUUUGUUUGUUUUAAAGCUGAAAUUGUUAUGCUCAGCCACUGAGUUUGCUUAAGUAGGUGUUUCUGUCUCCUUUGCCACAUUGGCUUUUCUGGGAUCAGGUUGUAUCUGCCCAGUCUGCUGAAACAAUUGGACUGUUAAAUACAAGAUUUCUUUCAAAUUUGCUAUUUCUGAAAUGGGUGAAAUUAUUUCCUGAAGUUCCAGGUAUUGGGCACUGUUUUAAAAUAUCUUAUUUUCACUUUGAAAGUACUGAAUUCAUUGUGAAAUCUAAUCUUGUCGUUUUAUAUUUUAAUUGGUUGGGUAUCUUGCGACUUGUAUUCAAAUCUGGUUUAACAUUAUAGUGACGUGUGUAUUGAUCAUAAUUACAAUUAAUACAUGUGUGAAUGUCUUGGUAAACCACAGCAGGUUUACAUUUUAUGCUUGAUCGAUCAUCAGAUCUAGCAUUGAUGUUAGUAGACCUUUUGAUCUUUUCCUAACCUUUCAAUAACCAGGUUCAUAUCCUCAAGAUAUACUGCAUUCACAAUAGUUUUUAUUUAAAAAAUCUUAAGUGCCUUCCUUUUACUUAAAAAAUUUGCUGAAUGAUUACUGAAUCAUUUAGCAGUUUAGCUGCCAUCGGUCUGCAACAUUGGAUUGUUUUUUUUUUUUUUUUUUGUAUUGCAAACUGGUUUGCAAAAUCAUUACCUGUUGGAUUUUUAGGUUUUUGUCAUGAAUGCAUUUAUAAUAUAGUUGGCUUUUAAGGUGUACAAGGCAUUUCUUUAAGAUGGUGGUUUUUCUGAUUCCACUUGAUAUUGCACCUUGGGCUGUUUUAGAUCAGAAGUCUGUGGCUAACCCAUAUUCCCAGGAACUGCUCAACAGAUGUAUGUCAAAACUAAAAUGCCAUGGGGUGUUAUUGUGUGUAAACUGUGUGAAAUAUAAUGCCGCCUUUUGACCCAACUACUUUUGCUAACACAACUAGCUGCUUUUCUAUAUUGCCUGUAGUCCUUACUUCUGUGGAGACCCACCCCCCCCUUACCUGCCCAAAUCUCAACACCCUGCAUGCAGUCGUCUCCUCUGCAGAUCUUUGAUUCAUUUAACCGUCCUGUUCCCAGUUGUCAACAUGCCAUACUGUGGCAUUGUUUUCCCAAACCCUAGCAGGAUCUACUUAGCAAGGUGUGUGCCACGCACUGCAUAUAAAAAACAAACAUUAUAUACAUAUAUAAAAGAGCACAGGCACCACCUUACAAAGAUUUAAAAAAUGAUUCAGUGCGAUCAAGAACAACCAGUAACUAAAACCACACCCAGUCAGUUAUGAGACAGCACUGGUACUCCACAGAAGCAGCUUUUGUGACUGACCUGAAGCUGGUGUUUUAUGAAGUGGCUUAGUGGCACUGAGGAUAGGUAUAGUUGAACUUUGUUUAGCUGGAUUUAAAGAAUUGUCCUGAUGCACCUAAUGUUUUGUUUUUGCACUGUUUAUGAUGAUUUCUUUGUAUUCAUGGAAAUACCUCAAUUAUUUUGUUUGUAGGAAAAAAAUAAUUGUAAACUCAAAAAGUGGAGAAUACCUGUGUUUUUUUAUGUGAAUGUAUCAAAAAUUGUGACUUUGGAGAAACCAAAGAUUUAAGUAUUGUAUGUAUAAGGAAACAUUUCGUGUGUGUGUGUGUAUGCAGGGUUGACUUUUAAAAUGUCCAUUUUGGAAAGUCUUUAAGAGAACUAACAAUUUUGUUUUGUUUUUGAGGUGAGUACACUGCAGUUGAUUGUUACAAUCAUUUUUGUCUGAAACUAUUGUUGGCUUUUUGGAAACUAAGAAUGUGGCACCUUUGUCUGAUGUUUUAUAUAUUGUUAGCUGGGAUAUCUAAUAAAAAUUAAAUAAAUAAA